AUCAAACCAGAAAUUGCUCUCUUCAAACUGUAAACUAUAAAUGAUCCUGAGAGAAUAUUCAGUGUGUUAAGGAUUUCCCUGUUGUACUGUUAGCAAGAGAGGAAAGGCGAUUCUUUUUUAAUUUCCGUUUCGCUGACAUGGCUUUAGCAGAAAUCUCUCUUUAGUCGUUUUCGUCGACAAAACGAAUAGCAAUAUCGCUCUCCGCGUCUUCCGCCAUUUUUUUCUGCCUCAAUUCGUGAAGGACGCGUGGCUCCGAGCGUGGGUCAUCCACGCGGAACACAUUCGCGCUAGGUGAUUGGCUGUUGUCUAAUCCCCCUUAGGAUCUGUGGUCUUAAAAAUAACUCGAGACGAAUUACCUAUGGAAUAGGGUAUGUACGGAGGAUGCCCUCUCUGUCCCCUUUGUCCUCUCUUGCCACCAAUGCCUCACCGUUAACCUUUUUUAUAGGUUUUCUAGACGGAUUAUGUGGUUGGAAGUCGGGAGCACUAACAACGAUGCUGCUGUUAUUGCUGAUCACUUUCUGGGUUGCGUCUGCCAGAUGAAAGGUAGAAUUUGGCCGGUUUGAAGUCCGUUUCUCUAACCUUCCAAAGCCCUACACGUGUAAAUAAAGACCCUUGUCGUUAUUCUUUUAAUUUUAGGGACCGCAAGGAUUGUUCGUACCGAUCUUGGCACCGAGAAUGUAAAAGUGGAAGUCUUACAAAAGCUUUUUAGGGCCAACGGACGUGACAGCUUUUCUGGGGACAAAAGUUUUAUGAACGGAAAAUCCACAGCAAAUCAGGUAAAAAUAAUCAGCCAACCAAUUUUAGUUACUGUGCCUGGUUACACAUUUGCAGCUGGCUGCUUGCGUGGCAGAAGCUAAAAAGACUUAGAGAUUCUUCAUCGCACAGCUCCUACCUCUCCUACCUUGUGUACACGAAGUUUUGUCUGCCGUGCGGCUGGAUGCUUCCAACUGCACAGUUUUCUUUUUUCGCGCGGUAUCACUCUUUUUUUUUCAGGAAUGUUGUUUUCCCGUCCUAGGUUGAGUAUUCUUAUUUUCUGCCCAUUUUAGGCUGACAAUUUUCUUGUACUACCUUAAAUGAUAGGUUAUGGCAUUUCUGUUUGAGCUAUUUUGAAAAAAUAGCUCAUAUGUCAGUGGUGUGACCGUAUGUAUCUUUGUGGCUUUGUAUCUUUGUAACUUUGUAACUUUGUAACUUUGUAUCUUUGUAACUUUGUAUGUUCGGAUGUUUGUUGCAAGAGCCAAUAAGGUUGAAGGUACUAUGAGUUGAUGCUAAGGAACCAAUGAGAUCUUGGCAUCUAGUUAAAAAUCACAUUGCUUAAGGUCAAACAAGGGCACUUUAAGACCGCCAUUUUGAUUCUUUACAAUUUGUUCGUCUUUUAUUACGGCUACAGGUGUUUGGAAACAUUAUAUUAAAUAUCUUCAUGAUUCAAACGCUGUGUACAGUGAUGCAGCUGUUUAAGGUUUCAUAUUUUAGUGUGGAUGCUACUUCAAGACAUUUCUGACCGAAUUCGGCUAUCGCGAACGGUACGACGCACGUAUUUAUGAGUUGUGUUUCACCUGCUUCAAGGUAGAGUAUAAACGAUCAUAUAUUUUCAAAGCUCUUCCAGUGAAGCAAUAAUUGAUAUUUAGAUAUGGACUUUAAUUCGAAAGUAUGCGGCCUAUAAAAUGUGGUUUUAGAAGUUUGAAAAGCAGCUUAUUUUUUUAAAAGCUGUACCGAGUAUUGUUAAUCCUGUAAACAAGCUGUAGAAAUAUUAUUCUCUCGCUUACAAAGUUCAACAGACCUUUUUCGUUCCGGCAAAACAACAACAAAAAGGAAUAAUAAGUGAACAACAUGAUACAUCCUUCCUGCAUACUAAGCAUUAUAGUUAUUGAAACGUAUUUUAUUUAGUAAAGAUGCGUAUAAACUUAAGUAGAAACAGUAGCGUUAGGGAAUAAAAUUGGAAGAAGCUAGUUGACACAAUAAUUAGGUACUGCUUUAUUGAGUGGAGUAACAUGAUAUGAGCAGAAAUAUAUUUCGGCAGUUUGAUAAUUUUCUUGGAAGUUAAUAAAUGUUAGGCUAUCAACCUUGACGUUGCAUGAAACAUAAUUUAAUUGCAGAUGUUGUAAUAAGGCCGAGGUGAUUUCUUAAAAUCGCUUCAGAAAAUUUUGUAGUAAACAAUUUGCGCUUUUUUUAAGUACGAAUUGUAAAAGGGCCAAAGACCAACAUCUUCACAUGCAAAUCGUGUGCAUGAGUUAUUUUUAUAAUUCUGUUUACUCGAUUACUGUGUGAUAACUCGAAUUCCCUCACGUACGAACCACGGAAGGGGGCAAAGUCCAACACUUUCACGUGCCAUCUGUGUGACUGUACAUCUCAUGCAGAUGGGCUUUUCACAAUAGUAACAGUGACUUGAACGUAUAAAGACCUGUUUCGUUUAGUAACCAAUGCCGUAAAAAAGGCUCUUGUCUUUUAAGAAGCAAUAGCUUUUAAAACAUGAAGAAAUAAUUUGUCGGAGUUAAAGACUGUCUGACAAAUGUUAAUAAAUGUUAGGUUAUCAACCUUGACGUUGCAUGAAACAUAAUUUAAUUGCAGAUGUUGUAAUGAAGCCGAGGUGAUUUCUUAAAAUCGCUUGAGAAAAUUUUGUAGUAAACAAUUUGCCUUUUUUUAACGUACGAAUUGUAAAAGGGCCAAAGACCAACAUCUUCACGUGCAAAUUGUGUGCAAGAGUUAUUUUUAUAAUUCUGUUUACUAGUUUAUUGUGUGAUAACUCGAAUUCCCUCACGUACGAACCACGAAAGGGGACAAAGUCCAACACUUUCUCGUGCCAGCUGUGUGACUGUACAUCUCAUGCAGAUUGGCUUUUCACAAUAAUAAAUAGUAACUUGGACGUAUGAAGGCCUGUUUCGUUUUGUAACCAAUGCCUUAAAAAAGGCUCUUGCCUUUUAAGACGCAAUAGCUUUUAAAACAUGAAGAAAUAAGUUGUCGGAGUUAAAGACUGUUUCACUGAGUAGAAUCGCACGUGAAAACCUCGUGAAUUAUGAUGACGCUACCAUCUACCUCAAUGAUAAAAAUCCUGGUAUUUCGUAACUAUUCAGUAUUCGAUGAGUCACAUUUUGGCUUAAGAAACUCCGAGGAAACCUUAGAGUUUUCCUUCUAAUCAACGUUUGGUGAGUAGAAAUUUAUUUUACUUUAGCAAUUUGUUUAACUUGCACCAGAUGUAACUGGGAAAGACAGAGGAAAGUGAAUACAUAGGUUGAGGAUCGACUCAGCUGAGCGUUUCGCGUUUUCAUUUAUGUAGCGCAAUACCCAAUUUCGCACAAAAACCAAAUCUACAUUUAGGAUGAAAAAGGUAGAUUCAUCACUCUUGGUAAGGUUACACCGAAGUAUUAUAGUUACACUGAAGCAUUCAAAAUAGCUCAUGCACGUUGAACGUGCCUAUGUUUUAUAAUGUAUUGGGGUAUCAGUUAUAGCUUAUAGUGCAGGUUUUUUUCGUUUUGUUGGUUAGUUUUGUAGUCUGCUACACAGCCGUUUUUAGUGUUGUCACACAACGCUCCUCCCCACAAACCUGUAUUAACACAUUCUCAACAAACAUAAUAGUAUAUCCUUUUUAAAAUCCCAGCCUCGGGUUUUAUUCUUGAAACAGUCCUAAAAUUCUGCAAAUUUCAGCCUCGAUGUUCUUAUUAAAUUUAUUCUUGUAAAAACGAGUGUUACUAUAACGACUCUUCCGAAUCUCGAAGCCACACAUGAAAAGUGUGCUGGUACCCAGGAUAAUGUUAUCCUUUCUGCGCAUAUCUUUUAACGGUGAUUUUUUAUAUACGCGAUCGAUCCGUGGAUAGCCUUCUUUUUCUAAAACCGUAAUUCUGUUCUUGUUUAUCCAGCGCACAGAAGCGUGGUGGGCAUAUUUGUGGCAUUCUGACAUGGAUUGGUGGAUUAACUUUUUCAAGGUAUUUUUUACAUUGUCUGGGCGUAGUCAUAGUUGUUCGAUGUAGCAAAACAUGAAACGUGUCCAAAUCGUAAUUCCUUUCGUUCAUGCUGCAGUGGCAAUCUCAGGUCGUUACGUUCUCUACUUCUUAAUUUGUUUUCUUUUGUUUUUCAUUUUAUUACCACGCUUUAGGUUUGACAUAAGAAUAAUGUGCGAAUUUAUCGUUUGCUUUCGCAGAACUUACGUGACAGCGGUGAUCUCAAGGAUUACAGUCAAGUGCACAUGUAUGUUUAAAAACAAGAAUCGCCAAAAGGCGAUUUUAACUUGACUGCCAAGGGGCGAUUUUUUCUGAGGGGAGGGGGCGGCGGUACGCACUUAUUGUACCCUUUUGGAUGACUUUCGUGACAAGGAAAAUGAGUACCAUUUUUUAAAUCGGGGCUGUAUAGUAACUUCUUAAUUCCACCAUUAUGAAUAAAAACAAGCAAGUUAGCCAUUCUAAGCGUGAUGGGUAGGAACCUCAUAGAUUAAGUGCACUCGUCUCAUGAUCAGUAUGCAUGGACAUUGCUCAGUUUACUUUGAAUUUGAAUUAUCCCCAGUCCUUAUGUGCCUUGUUUCGUUCAUACCCACCAAUCAAGAGAGGAUAAAGGGGACAGAAGUAGUAGAGGAGGGAUGUUUUACUCCUUUUCUUUGCGAGGGAAUUCCAUUAACUUUCGGGGGAAUAAAUUAAGCCAGAUGACGUCAUGCAGCUCAUUAAGAUAGGAUGAUAUAAUACUUUAAAUUAAUGCCGAUGACGUCACGCAUGCCGUUAAGAUAGGAUGAUGUCAGUUUAUUUUUAGCUGGCUGACGUCAUACAUGUCAUAUAGAUAGGAUGAUGUCAUAGUUUAUUUGUAGCUGGC